UUCAGAUCAGCUACAACCACAGAUCCAGUCUUCAUCCUGCUCCUGUGACAGAUUCUCACACCAACAACAUGCUGUUCUUCAUCUUCUUAUCAGUUCUGGCUCUGGGUGUCGCGUCUCCUCCAGAUGAUGGUGAGGUGAAGCUACAGCGAGGUGAUUGUCCCCCGUUCUGGUUCAACUUCAACGGACGCUGCUACAAGUAUGUCGCCACAGAGCUGACCUGGGCUGAUGCAGAGAUCUACUGUGUGUCACAGAGGGCCAACCUGGUGUCCAUCCACAGUCUGGAGGAACACAAAUUUGUCGAAAGUCUGAUCCAGAAUUUUGACCAUGCUCAGGGACAGACUUGGAUUGGACUGAGUGACAUCCAUAAGGAAGGAACAUGGAUGUGGUCUGAUGGGUAUCCAGUGGACUUUGUCCUGUGGGACAAUGGACAGCCUGACAAUGACCAGGGAAAUGAACACUGUGGACUCAAAAAUUAUGGUGAAGGUUUAAAAUGGAAUGACGGUGUUUGUUCUAAAGCUUACCCUUCUGUCUGUGCAACUCGUAUUCUCUGCCCGUGA